GAGGAAGAACGGCAGAGGGAGGUGCCGUUGCUGAGCGUGGAGGGGCGGCGGAGGUGAGAUCGUCUGGUGAUGAUGAUCGGUGGCGGUGUUGCGACCCCUCCUGGUACUGCCAAGUCGGCGGCUGCGAUCGACAGCGAAAUGGUACAGGUCGACGGCAUUGGCAGUGGUAGUGUCAGUGGCAGUGCUAGUGGUAGUGGUAGCCCAGCAACGGGUGCAAUUACCACGCGCCUCACGAACAAUGGCAGUAGCGGUACCAAUAAUAAUAACAACAACAACAAUAAUAACGGGGAGAUUAGCAACAAUAAUAGCAACAAUAAUGACAGACACGGGGUCGCGAAUUGCACCGGUACGACCGCCUCGAGCGCAAGUGACAAGUUCUGCUGUCAGGACGAGGAUGUUCCCGCCAGCACUGGCGUCGCCCGACCUUGGGAACCACCGUCGCCGACCUUCUCCCAGACGAGAUCGCACCUGCUGCAGGUACAUCCGCCGCACCAUCACCAGCAGCAUCCGGCGGCGCAUCAUCACCAGCAGUUGAAUGUACCUGCUUCCCUGAUCGAUGGUGUGAAUUUACAAAAUUGUACGGCCGGUCCUUUCGCCAGUGGCAAUAAUGGCAACGCAUCGCGGCAACGUCUAAUCGAAUUGUCACACGGAUUAGGAGCACUCAGGCAUUACAACGAUCUCGCCAAUCACGUGUUGUCAUUAAACCAACAGGGCGCAGUCGUUACGAAACUUUUAGGUACGUUGCGCCCACCGGGUCUGAUCGGUGGCAGUAAGCCGAAAGUAGCGACACCGGCUGUCGUCGCUAAGAUUGAACAAUAUAAAAGGGAGAACCCGACUAUCUUUGCUUGGGAAAUCCGGGAGAGGCUAAUCUCCGAAGGGGUUUGCAGUAACGCGACCGCGCCGUCGGUCAGCAGCAUCAAUCGGAUAUUGCGGAACCGCGCGGCGGAACGCGCGGCCGCGGAAUUCGCGCGCGCCGCUGGUUACGGCCUGUACGCAGCCGCUGGGCCGCAUCCGUACUUCAAUUCGCACCAGCAUCCGACGACGAGCCAUCAUCUGCCGGCGGGCUGGCCGGCGCCGGGAGCAGCUGGACACCCGUGGAUGCUGCCGCCUCUUGCUACCGGUAUAUCCGGCGCCGCCGCGUCUGCUUUGCUUUUGCCACCGUCCCUGAGUCCCGGUGCGGCCGCCGCCGCGGCCGCAGCCGCGUCCGCGUCCGCGGGCACUUCCGAGCAUGCACUUCAUGCCGCCGACGCGAUUGCUCGUGGAUAUCUACAAGAUGGCGACGGCGAUGACGGGAGCUUAGACGGCUCGGAGCAGCCAAAGUUCCGGCGGAACCGCACGACUUUCAGCCCGGAACAGCUCGAGGAACUCGAAAAGGAAUUCGAGAGAUCGCAUUACCCGUGUGUGUCCACGCGCGAACGUCUCGCUUCGAAAACGUCGCUCUCAGAAGCCCGCGUUCAGGUUUGGUUUUCCAACAGACGGGCAAAGUGGCGUCGUCACCAACGCAUGAACCUCUUAAAAUCCUCGCCACCACCGCCUCCACCACCACCACCGCCGCAGCCGCAGCCGCAGCCGCAGCAACCGCAUUCCGCUACGUCCGCUAUGGAAAUCGGCCAGCGUACGUCCAGCUGCUCCAUCGCCGGCAUGGGCGGCGAAAGUAGCGCGUUCCGCGCGGUUGUCGCUAAUUCCGCAGCCAGGGACACCGGCCUCGACCGACCCGAGAGGAUCGACAGGCACGAGUCGGUACCGAAGCAACCGGAAAGGAAACCUAGCGCCUUCCGGAUGAUCAGUCAACUCGUGGGCGACGACUCGUCCGGACUUUCGAGACCGACCAGUCCCGUGUACGAUCAGCGGCAAUCAUCCGGUCUUGGUCCGCGUCCAGGAUCGGCGCACAGGAUACGCUACGAGGAUCAGAACGAGGACGAGGACGAGGAAAUCGACGUUCAAGACUCCGACCAGGAUGUACCGUCGUCGCCACCGGUCGCUUGGAGAGAUCAUUGGACUGACCAACAACCGUUGGAAUUGACGAAGCACGAUCGCUGAACGAGAUGUGAUAUCUCGGUUUUGAUUUCGAGCGACGUGGUCGUUCCAAAUCCGGAGUGAUGUUUUUGCAGGCAAAAAUCGCGCGGCGACCGCAUUGCAAUUUUUUUUUUCUUGAAACACAUUGGCUGGACAUACGUUCCGCGGAUCAGCGACUGCCAGUGUUCGAAAAGUGUGUUGCUGCACCAGUUUUUUUUUUUUAAUAUAUUUGUGACCGAUAAGAGUGCAGACGUGAUGAAAAUGUUUUCUUUGUUUUGUUUUUUUUUUACG